GCAGACCUGCUGCGCGCAACGCAGAAGCUCUCUCAGGAUAGCCCUCCUGACAGUGGUGAGCGACCCAGCGGGGAGCAGGGAGUGUGCUGCGGUGAAGGGACCCUCCCAGUGGAGGAAACCUAUGAAGACCUUGUGGAGUAUUUGAGGUCCCUUGGUGCACCCUCAAAGUCAAAACUGAACUUGGCAGCUGCUGAUGAUGCAGAGAAGACUUUGCUGUCAUGGUCUACUGAUUUUGACUCUUUCGAUGACCUCGAGGAGACAUUGAAACCAGGCAUGGCUGCUGGAGGCAGAAACGAAUUGGACGAAACCCUUAUUGCACUCGAGAAUGCUGUAGACCAGUUUCAUAGGGACUUUGCAGAAUUUCGGAAAGUGUUUCGGAAGAACAAGAAAGGCGGCAAUAUGAAAUCGGAAAAUCCCGUGGAACAGUGCACUAAAUACUGGAUGAAACUUGUCGAAACACUUCAGAGUUCCUGCAGCGCAAAUGCAGAUGCAAAAGCAAGACCAAAGAGGCCGAGUGCAGAGUGGACAUUUGAGAAGCCUUGUUUUAAAGAAGUAAUGCUGUUACUCAGGGAUGGGAUUCACGAUCAGAUAGAGCACCAGAGGCAGAGUCUCCACCAACAGAAACAGCUGAAGAAAGAGUUGAAGGAAGACAUUAAAAGCCUUUACCUGCUAAGCAGAGAGCUUGAGAACAGAAACCUGAAGACCAUCGAGGAAAUUCAGAAGAAGCACGUGAAUGCCAAAACAUCCGCUGCCAAGGAGUGCCAGCAGCUGAUCUUGGAAGUGCAACACCUUCAUAAGAAACUGCAAGUGGAGGACAUGAAAGCACGGGACGCUCUCAUGUCUUACAGUGCACGCUCUGCUGAUGCGAGGCCACCAGCCUACACUGGUGACUCUAUAAUCUACAAUCAGAUCCUCCAGGCAGCUCUCGACUCUCUCAAUGAGAUCCAGUCACAAAAGAGUGAUGCUCUCAUUUCAGAAGUUGCCAACAAACUCGCAGUGGCUGAAGCAGCUGUCGACAGUUUGAAGUCUUUUGUGGAGAGCGACCCUGUCUCACGGCUAUCCGAAGUUUCAAAUUCUCUGGAUGUUCUGUUGGAUCAAGACAAGCUUUUUGAAGUACUCGAAACAAAAGUUGGAGGUCGAACCUUUAAGGAGUGGUUGCCAGAAAUCGAUCAGCUGCUUUCGGAGAGGCCUCCUGAAAAAGGCAUUUCAGAAAAGUGAUCGCUCUGCGAAAAGGAAGAGCAGCGGCCCCUCAGUUUUUGUUUUUAAUGCGAUGGUGUAACAAAGCUCACUUCGCAGUGAUUUUGGUGUUGGGGUCGCUCGUUGUGGGCUAAAAAAUUGAGAGAAAUGCAAAUACAAUAAAUAAGAA